AUUUGUUCUAAAAUUGACACGUAACGUUAGUUGCAAUUUGUCAGCCGACAACAUUUUAAUUAAGUCAAAUGUUUAAAAUGUGCAGGGAAAGCAAGGGAGGUGGGGUAACAUACUGACGAGCUAGCGUUAGUUCAUCAGUGCUAGCUAACGUUAGCUAAGAGACAGAAACUGCUUGCUAACUUAAUUUUGUUUUUCAUACGCUUACAUACUGUAACUAAUCCGGAGUACACUCGUCAUUAAUUUCUGUAAUUUUGUGUGUUUGCCUGGUGUUUUGCUAGAGUACUAGCUACUAGCUGUCCGACAAUGGAUGCCAUUUGUGUUACUUGGUUACCCAUGGUUCCGUGUAGGCCCAGUUUGUCGAGGGUUUGUGUUCUAUUAUCGGACGCGAUGUUGAGGAAGUCCAAUCAUCCAGCAACAAAAACUCACUGUGAUUGUGGUUGUUUAUUGCACUACGAUCAGCUUUUGUGUUUUGCUUUCACCAAACGAAUUUGAGCAGGGGGAGGGAGACUCCAGUGUCCAGCAGCCCUGCACAUCAUCCCUGGUCAGCAGUGACAGUGUGGGUCACAGUCUGGCCAGGCAAGGAGCUGCACAGUUUCUCAGGGAAGCAGAGAAAUACAGGAGGCAGAUUGAGAAGUUGGAGAAAGAGAGGAUGCUGAGUGUUCAGUGCAGGAGGAAUAGCUGGACCGAUGUGUCUGGAGAGCUGGACGAGUAUGAAAAAGUGCUGGAGGAAGACAGAAAUGCUGAGAAGAUUAAUCUUCAAAAGCAGCUAUUGAAGAUUCAUAAUGGUGUCAGGAAAUUUCAGAGACAGCUAAUAGAUGUGAAGCCAACUCCUGAGUUGAUUGCAAGACUGGAGGACAUAAUGUCAGAGGUGGAAAUCUCAAUUAACACCUUAAAGGAGGAACAGCAGUCAUGCUUUGAAGAACUUUUGAAGGAGGAGAGGACAUGCAGACAGGAGGUCACUGCUUACGAAAAGAAGAUUGAAAACUGGAGCCUUGCUGUAAAAUCAGAACCCAAACUACCCCGAGCUUCCACUGUGAAGACCAAACCCCUGGACAGAGACCUCCCUGCAGAGGUCAGAGCACUGGAGGCUUUCCUGCAGAAGACGGGAGGCCAUAAUGGUGGCUGGGACCAAUAUGACCACCAAGUCUUCCUUAAAGUCUGGACAAAGCAUAGUGGGCAACAGGCCUACAGGAGAGAGGUCAAACUGUACCUGCCAGGUAAAACACUGGAGGAGAUAGAGCAACACGAGGACUGGCAUCAGGAGCUGAUCUACCUACAGGACAAAAAGAGAGGGGCCAUUCAGCGGUGGAAAGCCAUCAAGCAUCAGGAACGCCAGAUCAGGAUACAGAGUCAGGAGGAGGUGGAGGAGGCGGAAAGGAGGGAGAAGGAGGCCAAGAGUCAGGCCCACCAACACAGGACUGAGGAGGAGAAGAGGGAGGCAGCACGGCGACUGGAGGAGUGGAGAGAAGAGAAGAGAAGGAAAGAGGAACAGGAAGAGGAGCAGAGACUAGCUGAGGAUAUACAAAAGAGGAGAAGAGAAAAGGAAGAGCGUCGCCGCCAGCUGGAAGUGAAGCUGACCCUUGAGGAGCAGCUACGACUGAGGAAAGAGGAGGAGGAGGAACAGGAGAGAAGGAGGAGAGAGGAGGAACAGAGGGAGGCGGAUGAGAGGAGAAGGGAGGCAGCAAGGGGCAUCAAACGCUUAAAUGAAAGGGACCUUCACAAGGUGGAGGCAAGGCUGAGGGAAAAACAGCUGAGGGAAAAAGAGGAAGAGGAAAGACAGAGGAGAAUCGCUGCUAAGUUGAAAGAGAAGUUCAUCAUUCAGGUGGAUGGUCACGUCAGCAGAGACCCCUCCAGGCUUACCCGCCCUACUAAGGGAUGGGAGGAGCGAAUGAAACACAUCGGGUCUUCAGGAGGAGGGCCUGUGCCACGGAUGUUUCACAGAGCUGUUCCCACUUGGAGACAGGGCCUGUGAUGAGCAACGACGGAAGCCAUUCUUUUUCUGUUUUUGUAGAAAUUAGAUUAAAUGAAAAUGUACACCAGAUUGUGCCUUUAUUUGAAACCAUUGUGUGCUGCUGUUUUGAGGUUUUGUACAAUCUUUAAAUUCAAUGACCUUGCAUUUGUCAAAACAGUUAUUUAAAAAAAAAAAGCUUUUCAUUAAAGUUUUGUGUACAUUUCA